AUGCAACCCUUUGUACAGCCAUGCGACAAGAAAACCAAGAUAUGCAUAAACAACAAUGGCUCGUACACAUGCAUCUGCAAUGCAGGAUACCAGCUGGACGCCUACGGCAACUGUACAGAUAUCAACGAGUGUGCCAUCACAUCCCUGAACAAAUGCAUGGCGGAAAGUGUCUGCCAGAACUUUGAUGGCAGCUACUCCUGCCAGUGCAAGGCUGGAUACAGGGAUACUGGAGGAAACUGCACCGACAUUGAUGAGUGUCAUCCACCAAUGAACACAUCUCAGCCUUGCAAAGGCCCAGUUGGUGUCAACUGCACCAACACCCCUGGCCUUUUCAAGUGCACUUGUCCACCUGGAUAUUACCUGGAAAAUGAUGGAACAACCUGCCUAGAUGUUGAUGAAUGUGUGAAAAGUCUUCACAACUGCUCUCAGAACUGCACGAACACUCAAGGAGGCUAUGAGUGCAGCUGCUUCGAUCUCUUCAGCAACGUGAAUGGCACUUGUCAACCAAAUAUUUCUUGUCAGGCAGAUGUAUGCAAUGCAACGGGCACCUGUUACAUAGACAGCACGAAUUCCAAAGCCUGUGCCUGUAAUAAUGGAUAUAUUCUAAACGGCACGAGCAAAACGGAUUGCAUCAAUGUUAAUGAGUGCAGCAUAUCCGUGGCUAACAGACAGACGCCUUGCGACUCCAAUUACGGGACGUGCAGUGACACAAUCGGCAGCUUCACGUGUGGCUGUGUGUCUGGGUACACGAUCGGUAGCGACGGCCGGACCUGCAAAGAUGUGAACGAGUGUGAGAUCGGAAUCGACAACUGCACUCAACAUUCCACGUGUUAUAACUUUGAAGGAAAUUAUACCUGCACCUGCAAUAAUGGAUAUGCCAGUAAGUUUGCACAAUAGGGGGGCACAGGUGGUGCAUCUGCCAGUCAUCUCAGUCAUUUAACCCAUGGCACCUGGAUCUGUCCGGUGAGCUCCUGUACCUAGCCUGGCACAGAAGACAACCCAUGGUACCUGGGUCUGUCCCGUGACCUGUCAACGAGC